UUAGUGUGAGACCGAGUUUAGUUGAGGGAUGCGAGAGAGGAGAGUGAAGUAGCCCGGAGCUGGACCUGAACUCUUACUUAACUUAGACGAGGGACUCUCAGUCUGAAUCAUGCGCCUAUUCAGCUGUAUAACUCACUGGGAGUGGUGUGGAAAUUGUGCAAGAUACGGAUAAGAGACACGUUUCUUUCAUUUUGACAUCAAACCUUGCGCUGCUGCUGCUGCUAUUGUUAAGUUUCCCGGAUUCCCGUUAACGGUAAUAUUUAUAAUGCUCGAGCCGCAGCUCUGCGUCAGGACUAAUCCCGGUUCUUCCCCCUCGCGGGUUUGUUUCUGCUGACGCCGUAAACCAGGGCUGAAGUUUGUUAAAUAACGUGUAAAAGAGAGGAAUUUGACUGGAAAACUGGUUGAAAUAGUUACAAGUUUAAAAACAGUAAAGAAAGAAAGAAAGAGUUGAACAUGGGGAACGCGGGGAGUAUGGAGCAGCACACGGACCCGAGAGGACACAACAUGCCGUUAAAGCUGCCCAUGCCGGACCCGGGGGAAUUAGAAGAACGAUUCGCAGUUGUUUUGAAUUCGAUGAAUUUGCCUCCAGACAAAGCGCGGUUACUACGGCAGUAUGACAACGAGAAGAAGUGGGAGCUCAUCUGUGAUCAGGAAAGAUUUCAAGUGAAAAACCCUCCUCACACAUAUAUCCAGAAGUUGAAGAGUUAUCUGGACCCAGCAGUCACCAGGAAGAAAUUCCGCCGGAGAGUUCAAGAAUCCACUCAGGUGCUGAGAGAGCUAGAAAUUUCAUUAAGGACUAAUCACAUCGGAUGGGUGCGAGAGUUUCUAAAUGAGGAAAAUAAGGGCCUGGACGUGUUGGUGGAGUAUCUCUCAUUUGCACAGUAUGCUGUCACAUUUGAUGGUGACAGUUUUGAGAACGGUACAGACAACACGAUGGACAAGUCUAAGUCUUGGAGUCGCUCUAUCGAAGAUCUCCAUGGGGGGAGCAGUCUACCCUCUCCAAUUCCAGGAAGCAUCAGCAGAGCUGGGAGACACUCUACAUUAAGAUGUAAUACGUUGCCCAGCAGAAGAACAUUAAAGAAUUCGAGAUUGCUGUGUAAGAAAGACGACGUUCACGUCUGCAUUAUGUGCCUACGAGCGAUUAUGAACUACCAGUAUGGCUUCAACAUGGUUAUGUCCCACCUUCAUGCUGUGAAUGAAAUUGCACUAAGUCUGAACAACAAGAACCCCAGGACCAAAGCGCUAGUACUGGAGCUGCUGGCUGCUGUGUGUCUAGUCAGAGGGGGGCAUGAGAUCAUUCUCGCUGCUUUUGAUAACUUUAAAGAGGUUUGUUCAGAAAAUCAACGCUUUGAGAAGCUGAUGGAGCACUUCAGGAAUGAGGACAAUAACAUUGACUUCAUGGUGGCGUGUAUGCAGUUCAUAAACAUUGUGGUCCACUCAGUAGAAGAUAUGAAUUUCAGAGUGCACCUACAGUAUGACUUCACUAAACUAUGUUUGGAUGAGUACCUGGAUAAGUUGAAGCACACCGAGAGCGAUAAAUUGCAAGUGCAGAUCCAGGCCUACCUGGAUAACGUGUUCGAUGUGGGAGCUCUGUUGGAGGAUGCCGAGACGAAGAAUGCGGCGCUGGAACGAGUGGAGGAGCUGGAGGAGAGCAUGUCUCAUAUGACAGAGAAGUUACAGGACACAGAAAAUGAAGCCAUGGCAAAGAUUGUAGAACUGGAGAAGCAGCUAAUGCAUAAGAACAAGGAACUGGACUCUAUACGGGAAGUCUACAAGGAUGCUAGCUCACAGGUGCACACGCUGAGGAGGAUGGUGAAGGAGAAGGAUGAGGCUAUCCAGAGGCAGUGUAAUCUGGAGAAAAAGAUCCAUGAACUGGAAAAGCAAGGAACCAUCAAGAUCCAGAAGAAAGGAGACGGGGAUAUUGCCAUCCUGGCCUCUGCUCCAUCCACUAACGGCCUGCUGGCGGGCACGGAGGGUCUACCCGGGGGUUCCAUGAUGGGUCCUCUGGGACCAGGUAGCGGUGUAGAACUGGGAAUGUCCAUGCCACCACCUCCACCCCCACCUAUGCCUGCGUCACUUUCAAUACCAAACGGUCCAUCAGCUACUCUUGAGCCACCCCCUCCUCCUCCUCCUCCUCCUCCUCCACCACCUCCCCCUCUUCCGGGCUCUGACAUCUCCGGGGAGGAAUCUUCCCCUAUGCCCCCACCUCCACCACCUAUGGCACCACCUCUGCCAGGCUGUGGAUCCCCCACUGUAAUCUUCAAUUCAGGUCUCUCAGCUGUGAAGAUUAAGAAGCCGAUCAAAACGAAAUUCCGAAUGCCGGUGUUUAACUGGGUGGCACUGAAGCCCAACCAAAUCAAUGGCACUGUGUUCAAUGAGAUCGAUGAUGAGAGGAUACUGGAGGAUCUGAAUGUAGACGAGUUUGAGGAGAUAUUUAAGACAAGAGCUCAGGGCCCUGCUAUUGAUGUCACUUCUAGCAAGCAGAAGACCAUCCAGAAGCUUCCUAAUAAAAUUUCACUACUGGAUUCAAACAGGGCCAAAAAUCUGGCCAUCACACUCCGAAAAGUGGGCAAGACUCCGGAGGAAAUCUGCAAAGCAAUUCAGAUGUUUGACCUGCGGAUGUUGCCGGUGGACUUUGUGGAGUGUCUGCUGCGCUUUAUCCCCACAGAGUCCGAGGUCAAAAUGUUACGGCAGUAUGAGAAAGAGAGAAAGCCACUGGAAAACCUCACAGAUGAGGACCGCUUCAUGAUGCAGUUCAGCAAAAUCGAGCGCCUCGUGCAGAAGUUGACUAUUAUGGCAUUUGUGGGGAACUUUGGUGAGAGUGUGCAAAUGCUCACUCCUCAACUGCACGCAAUUAUCGCAGCAUCUGUGUCCAUCAAGUCUUCACAGAAACUCAAGAAAAUCCUGGAGAUUAUAUUGGCUCUUGGGAACUACAUGAACAGCAGUAAAAGAGGGGCAGUGUAUGGAUUUAAACUUCAGAGUUUAGACUUGUUAAUAGAUACCAAAUCAACAGACAGGAAGCUUACACUGUUGCACUACAUUGCAAAUGUAGUGAAGGAGAAGUACCAGCAGGUGGCACUGUUCUAUAACGAGCUCCAUUAUGUGGAAAAAGCGGCGGCAGUCUCUUUAGAGAAUGUGUUGCUGGAUGUGAAGGAGCUCCAGAGAGGAAUGGAUCUAACUAGGAGAGAGUAUAGCAUGCAUGGGCACAACACGCUGUUCAAAGACUUCAUACAUCUCAAUGAGAGCAAGCUCAAGAAAUUACAGGAUGAUGCCAAGAUUGCACAGGAUGCUUUUGAUGAGGUAGUCAAGUUUUUUGGGGAGAAUUCCAAAACCAUGCCUCCGUCAGUGUUCUUCCCCGUGUUCGUGCGCUUUGUGAAGACAUACAGGCAAGCAGAGGAGGAAAAUGAGCAGAGGAAAAGGCAGGAGCAGAUACUGAUGGAAAAGCUGCUAGAGCAAGAAGCCAUGGAGCAGGAAAAUCAGAAGUCUCCCUCUCAUAAGAAUAAACGACAGCAGCAGGAGCUGAUAGCUGAGUUGAGGAAGAAGCAAGUGAAGGACAGUCGGCAUGUUUACGAGGGAAAAGAUGGGACCAUUGAGGACAUUAUCACUGAUCUAAGAAACCAGCCUUACAGGCGCGCUGACGCAGUGAGGAGGAGUGUCCGGAGACGUUUUGAUGAUCAGAGCUUACGGCCAAUCAACAACGCUGAGCUGGUGAUGUAACAAAGGCAGAGUGGAUGUGAUUGGUUGAGAUGGGAGUGAAUGAGAGGUUGUCAGCCUCUCUCUGUGUGAAAAGGCCUGAUGAAGGAUUGAAAGCGUGAGGAAGUUCGUCUUAAAGGCCAAAAGCUCAAGUUUCUUUUGACCAAGUGCCUGAAUUUAACAUUUGUGUGAUGGUCUUUUUACUUUUAUUAUGUAUUGUUUUAUUGCAAGCAAUAGGAGCUUCUGCUCGUUCACCACAGUGUCUCUAGUAAAACUGCACAUGAAUAUUAUUUCCAUACAGAUGGAAAUACACUAGUAUGGAAAUCCGUAGUGAACUCGUACAUUCCAGUGGUAAUUACUAUAUUGCUUUUACUGCACAAUGUUGUUCAAAAACACUUUUUCCUCUGUGGACAAGGGCUAGGUGUAUUCUUAAAGAUUACAGGCUUGUUGAGUGUAUUGCAAAUCAGGAAGCAAUGGAAAGGCUAUGUAGCAUUUAUGAACGACAACAUUGUGUAAAGUAGGUGGUUCCAAGUUAAUGUGAAAUGUAUAUAACGUAAGUAUAGUCACUCAGCAGUGUUAGCAGACCAAAAUCCUCUCAGCUCAGUUACAUGAAAACAUUCAAAUAUUUUAGUGUUGUGCCAUGAAACGAACCGUCUCCAAGAUAUAUAACAGUAACGUGACUAAUAAGGUCGUGCCCGAUGCCACUCGACUUUUAGGGAGUGGCCUACCUUCAGUGGGAUGAUACAAAAUCUGUAGCAGACUGACUGGAUCCAAUAUUUACGACUGUUUUAGUACAAUUACAGUACAAGCCAAAGAAGAAGAAGAAAAAAGAACACCACCUCAGACACCUGAUUCAGCUUUAGUGAACAUUCAUUAAAAAGUACUGAUCAAUAAUGCAGUGGCACUUGCGCUGGGUCUCCACUAACACAUUUGAAGUAGAUUAUUCAACCACUGAAGCCAGACGUUCUCAAUGUGGCUUAUGCAGACCACUUCUUUUUCUCAGCUUCCAGCUCUAUGUAAGAAAAAGCCUUUUUAAUUGUACAGAUAUUUUGCUACAAAAUGGUUGCAUUAAGAAAAAUAUAUAAUAUAAAAAAAAAAUUCUUAACCUUCAUUAGCAUAAGGUUAAUAUUGUACAUAUUGAUUUCAUCAUCUUGUUACUCCAUUCGUGUGUUAUUUUAACUUAUAGGUUGUUUUUUUUGUUUUUUUCAUUUUGUAUAUUUAAUUAAACAUGAAUUUGUUGUAUCUUUUAUUAAGUACCUAGCAGAGGGCUCCGAUUUUACGCUUGCCUGGCAGUAUUAAGGCAAUAGAAUAACUGGCAUUGUCUGACGCCAUAUAACUCCUCACUACGUCUAAGUAAUACUGACACGCCUCUCUGUAUACUGCGAUCUCAUGUCCUUUACGCAUUCCAUUUCUUCUAUAGACCUGGAUCAAACUGGCAUGUCUUCUUGUCCUCUAAUCAAAAAUGUAUCUUUUGGCAUUGUGGUGUUCUAGCGGAAUAUGAUUUUAAUAACACAUUGUGUUAGAGCUACAGUUUUUCCAUGCCAAUGAUUGAAUAAACUAUUUACAUAACUAUAA